UGCUGGACCCAAAGGAGACAACAUUUAUGAAUGGAGGUCAACUAUACUGGGGCCUCCAGGGUCUGUAUAUGAAGGUGGAGUUUUCUUCCUUGACAUUACCUUUUCACCGGACUAUCCUUUUAAACCACCGAAGGUAACGUUUCGGACAAGAAUCUACCACUGUAACAUUAACAGCCAAGGCGUCAUCUGCCUGGACAUUUUAAAAGACAACUGGAGUCCAGCGUUAACCAUUUCUAAAGUCCUCCUCUCCAUCUGCUCCCUCCUCACAGACUGCAACCCGGCUGACCCCCUGGUUGGAAGUAUUGCCACUCAGUAUAUGACUAACAGAGCAGAGCACGACAGAAUGGCCAGACAGUGGACCAAGCGAUAUGCCACAUAGGAACCUACUCUAGGAUUUGCUGGACCUGUGCAAGCACAUUCACUAAGUGCAUCAAUAGCCCUUCCCUUCAUUCUUAUUUUUUAUUAAAUUUUGAACCAUUUUGUGACAAAAGGUUGUCCUUACUUUCUUUUUUGUUUUAUUUUUAUUUUUAUUUGUUUGGUUUUUUUUUUGUUCUGUUAACUUGAAAGUUGUUUCCCUCAAAUGUAGACAGGGAAUUUUGGUUAUCAGUGCAAAGAAUGUUGGAUCUGUAAUAGUAUAGAGCUUUGUCACAAAGCUUUGUAUUAAUGUGUGGGUUUUGGUUGGUUUUUUUCUUUUCCUUCAUGUGGUUUUGGGGAAAACAAAUGAAUUCAGAAUUAUAUCUCAUUUCUACUUAAAUGUAGUGUCUAGGGUUAUUUUUUUGUACUGAAGUCUAAUGGUGGGUGCAUGCUACUGGGAACAAGUUUUGUAUAAAAGCUUAAAAUCAAGAAUCACUGUGCAUUACUAAGACUGUGUUUAUCACUAGCCUUCUGUUUCCCACGCAAAAGGCUACUGCGUUGAACAAAUUAAUAUGUAUUUUGAUUUACUUAAAAAAAAAGAAAAAAGUGCUUGUAAAUUUCUUAGGGACCUGCCACUUUUGACUGUGGAUCAGUUGAUGUACACUUGUAUUAUUAAAACACUCAAUAAAACACUGUGGCUGAUAAAUGCA